AUGGGUCUAUUCGACGACGCCGCCUCGGCCAUGUCCGGGACCCAGUCCUCUUCCCGCAAGCACCGGUCCUCGUCGCACAAGCAUCACAAGAGCAGCAGCCGCCGCGACCGGUCCAGAUCGCGCUCUCCGGGCAUCGCCGCGAGUAUUUUCGGCGGCGGUGACUACCACAAACGCAACUCAUCCCGGUCAUCCUUCUUCGGCCUGGGAGGAGACAGCCACUAUCACAAGAACAACGCCAGCCGGGGCAGCUUUUUCAACCUAGGGAAUGCUAGCCGGGGUAGUAUCUUUGGGUUCGGCGGCGGCCGCUCUCCAUCAUACUACAAACGUUCCCCGCGCCAAAACUUCAUGCAGCGCGCCUACAAGAAGCUCAAGCGUCUACUUCGCGACCUCGUCCACUACGCCAAGCGCCACCCUUAUAAGGUCUUCAUGCUCGUUGUGAUGCCCCUCAUCACCGGCGGGGCCCUGACCGCGCUGCUGGCCCGGUUUGGGCUGCGCAUGCCCCCGGCUCUCGAGAGCAUGCUGGGUCUCGGGGCGAAGGCGAUGGCUGGCGACAGCAUAGGUCUGGUCGGUGAGGCUGUGCGGAUGGCCAGUGGUGCCGGCGCCGGUGCGGCCAGCGUCAGCGUGGCGAGGGGUUGGGACGGUGAGCGAAGCUGGGAAAGGCGGACGGUAGACCGGAAUGGGGACGAUGACUUGCUGUAUGGGGCGUUGGGGAGCUUUGGGAGCUCGUUCAAUGGUGGUGGUGGCGGCGGUGAUUGGAUGGGAAAUGUGGCAAAGAUGUUUUCCUGA